GGUUUUUUGGUUUAUAGCUGUCGCCGGCCAUCUCUAUUGCGUCAACAAGUUUGUAAGCGAAAUUGAAUCCUCAAUUUGGUACUUUCCCGCAUUGAGCGUCGAAAUGGCAGGGUCGAAUCUUCUAAGCCAUCUCGACUCCAUCGAUUUCAACGAUUUGGUUCUUUUGGAGCGGGACCUGAACUUUGCCCAAAAGGUGGGUCUUUGCUUCCUGCUUUAUGGCAACAACCACUCGGAUGCUACCUACAUACUACAAAAACUGCUAGCCAUGACGCGAACGAGUUUCGUGCAGAGUGAUCUACUUAUGCAGUAUGCCAAGCACAGGCCGGACACCUGGCAAAAAAACCUGCUGGAGGCUCUAUGCAUUGUUGGUGCACGGCAAGUGCUCCGCAAAUUGGGCUUCCGUUGGCAGGAGCUUCGGAUGCACUACUUGCCACACGUUGGUGGAAUUGCCCUGCAUGUGCAUCCGCUUCUGAAGAGCCUCUACAUGAUCUGCGAAGAGUUGUCAUUGGCGCAGAGUGGCCGCUUGGUUCUGGAUGUUAGUGAAAAAGUGGCGCGGCAACAGCCUGGAGAUCCACUCCGUUUCUAUGAUGCCACCUACUUGGAGAUAUUCCUUCUGGACUGGUUGACCAGAAAGGCUAUACGUCUAGGAGACAUUAAUGCCAUGGGUAGCGAUGUUCAGCUGCUAAUCGAGCAUUUAAAAUUUAAUGAUUUGCAAGAACAAGCCAAGUUGCUUAUAGACACGAUCAACAGCAAUGCUUCUGAUGAUCAGAUUCUAGAGGUUGUCCCUCCACUUGCCAUCAAGCGGGAAACUCAAUCGGAUAGCCAGCAGGUGCCGUUGAGUGCCACAUCCACGGCGGCCGUCCCAGCUUCCCCUCUCCGGAAAAAAGAUGCCCUUGAGUUGAGUCGAGAAAACGCAGGAAUCGCUUUAAUAAUCAACCAAAGGGAGUUUCACAGAGAUGUCAACGAGGAUCUGAAAAAAUAUCUAGCGCCAAAUACUCCACGCCGACGCGAUGGAACGGACGUCGAUGAACGGCGACUCACAGCAGUCUUCUCCGCUAUGGGUUAUAAUGUGGAGUCACAUUCAAAUGUGGAUCACCUAAGCAUCGUGCAGCUCAUCCGCAGUGCCUGCGACAGAUCGCUUCUGCGGGACUCUCUAGUGGUCUGCAUUCUGACACACGGCUUCGAGGAGGCCGUCUACGGAUCGAACAGCAUCGCCCUACGCAUCACGGACAUCGAAAACGUAAUGUGCAGCUACGAUUCCCUUUUUAACAAGCCCAAGUUACUGAUCAUUCAGGCGUGCCAGGAGGAGGCCCCCAAAAAAGGAGAGGAGAGUCCUCAGGGAUUGCCCUUUAAGAUCGAUGUUAUCACCCAGUCACCCGGCCAGCACGUGAAUAUGGUCCGGGCCAUGUCCACGGUGAACGGAUUUUCUGCUCUUCGACACACGCACUCGGGCAGCUGGUUCAUCCAGAGCCUGUGCGACGCCAUCGAGCAGCAUUCAGCCAGUGAACAUAUUGCCGACAUUUUGACGAUUGUCACUAACAAAGUGGCAGAAAAGCGGGGCAAGAAUGAUGAGUGUAUGGUGCCCAAAUUUAAUAGCACAUUCCGCCAACACGUCUACUUCCCACCUCGCCUGUGAUCGCAUUCUGAGUAAUCUGUAUGCUGUGGCAGCACUUAGACUUAAAACACUCUUUAGUUGUCAAUCAUUUCGUACGUGUAAAUGCCAUAUGAAUUAAAAGUUCUUCCGAAGUUGAA